AUGGAGUUCAAAUUAAUUUUAGUUAUUUCUAUAUAUGGUACUUUUAAAUGUUGGUGCUCCGCCACCCCUGAAAGUUUUUUUAAGUCCGACCUUUCGGAAGAAAACGACAAAAACAAAGUGGAUUAUACACAUCAUAUGCUACAGUUGUUUGAUAAGAUUGAUUUGAACUCUGAUGGAGUAUUAAGUAAAUCUGAACUGGACACAUUCAGUACAACGUUGAGCAAAGUCAUAUCGGACAGGCAGUUGGCCAAUGAAAUGGAAACAAUAGAUAAAGACAAGGACGGAAAAGUGAGUUUAGAAGAGUUAUUAGCAGCCUUUUCAAUCGAGGUGGGAGAAGAAGACGCUUUAAAUAACAAAGAACCUUUAAUACAGAGAUUCAAAGUGGCAGAUAAGAACAAGGACGGGCAUCUUGACCUCCCCGAACUUGGUGACCUUAUUAACCCAUCCAGGAGCCCUGAGCUUUUAAAAUUAGAAGUAGACGAUGUUCUUAAGGCGCAUGAUUCUGAUGGAGAUGGUAAAAUUUCCUACGACGAGUACAAAAAAUAUCGAAAUGAGGACGGUGAAGACGAGACCCAGUCUUCAAACGAUUUCAAGCAAUUUGACAAGGAUGGAGACGGCUAUUUGACUAGAAGUGAGCUUGAGGAUGUUUAUAAGGAGGAGGAAGAGUUUGACAGCUUCACCAUGUAUGACGAUGUUACAUCAAUCGUCGGAUCCACAAGUAACCUUUUUUUAUUUUUAUUUUCUUUAGAUUUAACUCGCGAAUUAUGGGAAAAACACUCAGAUGAGCUUUCAAGAUCUUCUGUUACUGACUUCCAGGAGGUCCUGGAACAUCCCGCCGACUACGGACUAACCUUUGAAGUACCCUCUGAAACUCCAGGAACUGUCCAUGUAGAACUAUAA